AGAGGGAAAGGAUAGAUAGAGGGAGGGAGAAAAUGUAUUGGGGAGUAUCGUUGACAUCAACCAGCAGUGUUUAAAGCUACCGGACCGGAGAUGGUCCCCCGACACACGAGCGCAGAGUAGCGGUCCUUUAGGGCUUCUGAGGAGGCGAGAGGAAAGCUUGCGUUCCCUGCCGAAAAGUAAAACCUUUCUGAGGAGCUCAGCUGUCAAAUGGGAUUAUUAUUUCUGUCCGGGGUUCAAGGGAAACUGCCAGUUGAAAGUCCAUCCACAUGAAUUUAUCAGACCAAAAAGAAGACGGAACACUCACUUUCCCUAUUAAGGUCCACUGGAUGGUCACACUGAGAAUUCCACAGAGCAGAACAUGAUGCCUCAGCCAGGGCUGUAGGGAACACCCAGGGAGUGCCACGCCCUUCUGAGGGAAGUCCCCCCCCCAUCCCCACCUCCAUCCCCUAUCGCAGGAGGUACCAUGGUUCCCCCCAGGCCAGGUGGAAUCGUAGCCCAGUCCAGGGCGACUCGUCCUGGGUACGGACUCUGCUUGUACCCCCCUUGUCUGCUGCUGCCACUGCUGGUGCUCACAUCCCUGCCCAACCUGUCUGAGGCGGUGGCGGCACCCAAGUUCACCAAGAUCCCCGGGGACCAGAUCGGGGUAUCGGGGGGUGUUGCCUCGUUUGUGUGCCAGGCGUCAGGUGACCCCAAACCCAUGGUCAACUGGAACAAGAAGGGCAAGAAGGUCAACUCCCAACGCAUAGAGACAAUAGAGUUUGAUGAUGGAGCGGGGGCCGUACUGAGGAUCCAGCCUCUCAGGGCCCCCCGAGAUGAGAAUGUCUAUGAGUGUGUGGCCCGCAACAGUGAGGGAGAUGUGGCCACCACUGCCAAGCUCGCCAUCAUACGAGAGGACCUGUUGCCAAUUGGUUUCCCCAGCAUUGACAUGGGUCCUCAGCUGAAGGUGGUAGAGAGGACCAGGACGGCCACCAUGCUGUGUGCUGCCAGUGGCAUCCCUGACCCAGAGAUCUCCUGGUUCAAAGACUUCCUCCCUAUAGAGCCCAGCUCCAGCCAGGGACGCAUUAAACAGCUGCGCUCAGGUGCCCUCCAGAUAGAGAACAGUGAGGAGUUAGACCAGGGAAAGUAUGAGUGUGUGGCCACUAACUCUCAGGGAGUGCUUUACUCUUCCCCGGCCAACCUGUAUGUACGAGAGCUACGAGAAGUGCGUCGUGUGCCCCCUCGUUUCUCCAUCCUGCCCUCCAACCAUGAGAUCAUGCCCAGCGGCAGCAUCAACAUCACCUGUGUGGCGGUGGGUUCACCCAUGCCCUACGUCAAAUGGAUGCUGGGUAGUGAGGACCUGACACCUGAGGACGAGAUGCCGGUGGGGCGGAACGUUCUGGAGCUCAACGGAAUCAGGGAGUCGGCCAACUACACCUGUGUGGCCAUGAGCAGUCUGGGGGUUAUAGAGGCCACUGCACAGGUGUCAGUUAAGACUCUUCCCAAGCCUCCCGGUACCCCCAUCGUCACGGAGACGACUGCCACCAGCGUCACCAUCACCUGGGACUCCGGUAACCCCGACCCGGUGUCCUAUUACAUCAUCCAGUACCGGGCCAAGGCACCAGACAGCAAGUACGAGACGGUGGACAGUAUCACCACCACCAGGUACAGCAUUGGAGGGCUCUACCCCAACACGGAGUAUGAGAUCAGGGUGUCAGCCGUCAACAGCAUCGGCCAGGGACCCUCGUCCACCCGGGUGGAGGCCAGGACAGGGGAGCAGGCCCCGGCUAGCCCCCCCAGGAACGUCCAGGCCAGGAUCAUCUCCAAGAACACUGUCAUGGUCCGCUGGGAGGAACCAGAGGAGCCCAAUGGACAGGUGAAAGGUUACCGGGUGUACUACACCAUGGACCCAUCUCAGCCCAUGAGUCUGUGGCAGAUCCAUAAUGUUCAGGACAGCACCAUCACCUCCAUCCAGAGCCUGGUACCCUCUGAAACAUACACUGUCAGAGUCCUGGCCUUUACAUCUGUGGGAGACGGACCCUUCUCUGACCCUGUCCAUGUCAAAGUGCUGCCCGGAGUUCCAGGGCAGCCAGGAAAGUUCAAGGUGGGCAAGGUGACGGAGACCAGUAUAGAGCUGACCUGGGAACCGUCCUACAUCAAGGAGGGCAUCGUCAACUACGAACUGCUCUACAAACCUGUCAAGUUCGGCAGCCUGGAGAAGUUGACGUUUGGACCCAGGGCUUCGUACACAGUGGAGGGUCUGAGGGCUAACACGGAGUACUCCUUCUCCCUGGCUGCCAUUUCUAACAAAGGCAUCGGAGCCUUUACCAACGAGCUGGUCCAGAGGACAGCACAAGCCAAGCCCUCGGCUGCUCCCCUGGGCGUGUCCUGUGACAGCCCCAGCUCCACCUCCCUGAGGGUAAGUUGGACCCCGCCGCCCACUGAGACCCAAAAUGGCACACUGACUGCUUAUGUGCUGCGCUACCAGCAAGUGGUGUCUGGGGCCGAGGUCAAAGGUCAGGGUCCAGAGGUGAAGGUGCCUCCCAUCCCCCCAGAGCAGGGGCAGGCAGUGGUGGAGGGGCUGGAAAAGUGGACCUGGUACCGCGUUAGCCUGGCAGCCUUCACUACCGAGGGGUCCGGACCAGAGAGUCCAGCCCUGCUCUGCCGCACAGACCACGAUGUGCCCGGUGCGGCCCCUCGGCAGGUGGAGGUCCGGCCCUUCAACUCCACUGCCCUUAGGGUCACCUGGCGAUCUGUGUUGCCAAGGCAACGCCAAGGUCAGAUCCGUGGUUACCAGGUGCACUAUGCUCGUGUGGAGAGUGGCUCAACACGCAGCCUUCCCCGAAUCAAAGACCUGCUAUUGGACGACAGCCAGUUUGUGGAGGAUGACACUACUGAAUAUGAGAUGAUGGUGGGGGGUCUGAAGCCUGAGAUGUGGUACUCUGUGUCUGUGGCGGCUUACACCACUAAAGGGGAUGGAACACACAGUAAAGUCAGAGUGGUGCAGACACCGGGGAUUGUGCCUGGUGCCCCCUCCCUUUCGGUGCGCCCAGGGUCUGAACCCUCCAUGGUGGUGAGAUGGGGGCCCCCUACUGGGGGGUCAGACUCAGGUCUAGGGGCCAAAGGGUCUGAAGUUCAGAUCCAGGGUUUUCGGUUACAAUUUGGGCUGAAGAAUGCAACCCUGGACACUACGGUGGAGUUUUCGGCCAGGGAGCGAAUGUACACACUCACAGACGUAAUUCCAGGGUUGACUUAUGUCGUUACCCUUUCCGCCAAAAGCCGGUCAGGGUACGGAGACGAGGCACGGGAGGAACUCGAGAUGCCUGAGUACCCACCCAGGAGUUACCCUCAAAUCUCAGAAUACAUUAACGCCACCUGCUGUUCGCUCCAGUUCUCCUGGCUGCCCCCUGUGCCAAGCGAACGAAACGGUGUGAUCACCGAAUACACAAUAGCUUAUCGGGAAGCAGGGGGUCUUAACCCUCUGGGCAUUGACCCUCUGGGACCCCCUCGCCAGAUCACGCUCCCAGCCAUUGAGUCCAGCUACACCAUUCUGGGCCUGAACCACAACACCGGGUACGAGGUGCAGAUGUGUGCCCACACCAGCGUAGGUCCCGGCCCGUUCAGUCCCCCGCUGCUGUAUCGCACACUGGCCUUCGAGACAGACGUCCCGAGGAAUUUCUCAGUGAACCUGGCGACCAAGACGAGUGUUCUCCUGACCUGGGAAUUCCCUGAGAGCCCCUACCCCUACCACUUCACUGUGGAGUAUAACCGCCAGAAGAUGGAGGUGGAUGCCAAGCUGAGGAAAGCAGUGAUCCCCAACUUGCAGCCAGAUACCGACUAUGACUUCAAGAUCACCUCCUCAGAGGGCAACAUGGGCGGGCUGAGGCACCGCAUCCACGCCAAGACCUCUCCACCAAUUGCCAUCCGCCGUCCGGAGAUUGACCACACCCGUGACACGGAGACCACCAUCACCAUAAUCCUGCCCUCGCUGGAGAAUCGCAUCCCUGUCAAGAACCUGUAUGUGGUGGUAGUUCCUCUGAAGAGGGCGAGGGGGGUCAUUAGACAUCUCAAGAGCCCAGACGAGAUGGACUUGGAGGAGUUGUUGAAGGACAGCAGUCAGAGACAGAGGGAAUCUAGACAGCAGAAACAGGUAGACCUGCGCAGAGCCUACAUCUCAGCCCUCUUCACCCCUGCUACUCUGCCAGCCUUCUUCAUUCUGGGGGACCAGCUGGACUACGGAGGCUUUGAGAACCGCGCUCUAGAACCAGGACAGGAGUACGUGUUCUUCAUCUUGGCAGAACUCAAUGGCACCACAGUGAAGAUGUACGCGGACAGUCCGUACACAGAGCCAGUGAUCGCUCCGGACUCAGACCCCCAGCCCCUGGAUGCUGGGGAUGGUCUGAUCUGGGUGGUGGGACCCGUCCUGGCCGUAGUCUUCAUCAUCUGCAUCGUCAUCGCCAUCCUGCUCUACAAGAACAACAAGCCAGACAGUAAGAGGAAGGACUCCGAGCCAGGCACCAAGAGCCUUCUUUGUAAUGCUGAGAUGAUGGCCCACCACCCCACAGACCCUGUUGAGAUGAGACGCAUCAACUUCCAGACCCCUGGUAUGAUGAGCCACCCUCCCAUUCCCAUCACAGAGCUGGCUGAACACACAGAGAUACUCAAGGCCAAUGAUAGCCUGCGUCUGUCUCAGGAGUACGAGUCCAUCGACCCCAGUCAGCAGUUCACCUGGGAGCACUCCAACCUGGAGGUGAACAAGACCAAGAACCGUUAUGCUAACGUCAUCGCCUAUGACCACACCCGCGUCGUCCUUGCCCCCAUAGAAGGUUCUAGUCCAGGUAUCCUGGGCAGUGACUACAUCAAUGCUAACUACAUAGACGGCUACAGGAAGCAGAAUGCCUACAUCGCCACACAGGGCCCGCUGGCAGAGACAUUCGGGGACUUCUGGAGGAUGGUGUGGGAACAGAGAGCAGCCUCUGUGGUCAUGAUGACCAGACUGGAGGAGAAGUCACGGAUAAAGUGUGACCAGUACUGGCCAAGCCGGGGUACAGAGACCUAUGGGAUGACUCAGGUCACCAUACUGGACACUAUGGAACUGGCCACAUUCUGCGUGCGCACCUUCUCCCUGCAGAAGAAUGGUUGUAAUGAGCGGAGGGAGGUACGUCAGUUCCAGUUCACUGCCUGGCCAGACCACGGUGUACCAGAGUACCCCACUCCGUUCCUGGCCUUCCUACGCAGGGUUAAAGCCUGCAACCCCCCUGACGCUGGUCCUGUAAUCGCACACUGCAGCGCGGGUGUGGGUCGUACCGGUUGCUUCAUCGUGAUCGACGCCAUGCUGGAACGGAUCAGACACGAGCGCACGGCCGACAUCUAUGGUCACGUGACUCUAAUGAGGUCACAGCGGAACUACAUGGUGCAGACGGAAGACCAGUACGGCUUCAUCCACGAGGCGCUGCUGGAAGCAGUGGCUUGUGGGAACACGGAGGUGGCGGCCCGGAGCCUGUUCUCCUACAUGCAGAAGCUGGGCAAGGUGGAGAGUGGAGAGCACGUCACUGGCAUGGAGCUGGAGUUCAAGCGUCUGGCCAACACCAAAGCCCCCACGUCUCGGUUCGUCAGUGCCAACCUGCCAUGUAACAAGUUUAAGAACCGCCUGGUCAACAUCAUGCCCUAUGAGACCACCCGCGUCUGUCUGCAGCCAAUCAGAGGUCUGGAAGGAUCAGAUUACAUCAACGCCAGCUACAUUGAUGGAUACAGGCAGCAGAGAGGUUACAUGGCCACCCAGGGCCCACUGGCUGAGACCACAGAGGACUUCUGGAGGAUGCUGUGGGAACACAACUCUACCAUCGUGGUCAUGCUCACUAAACUGAGAGAGAUGGGACGGGAGAAGUGCCAUCAGUACUGGCCCGCAGAGCGGUCUGCUCGGUACCAGUACUUUGUAGUGGAUCCCAUGGCUGAAUACAACAUGCCUCAGUAUAUCCUCAGAGAGUUUAAGGUCACCGAUGCAAGGGAUGGCCAAUCACGGACAGUUCGUCAGUUCCAGUUCACCGAUUGGCCAGAGCAGGGAGUUCCUAAAUCUGGAGAGGGCUUCAUCGACUUCAUUGGCCAGGUGCACAAAACCAAGGAGCAGUUUGGACAGGAUGGCCCAAUCAGUGUCCACUGCAGUGCGGGUGUGGGGCGGACCGGAGUCUUCAUCACUCUGAGUAUCGUUCUGGAGAGGAUGCGUUACGAGGGAGCUGUGGACAUCUUCCAGACUGUCAAGAUGCUGAGGACACAACGCCCUGCCAUGGUACAGACGGAGGAGGAGUACCAGUUCUCCUACCAGGCUACCCUGGAGUACCUGGGGAGUUUUGACCACUAUGCAACCUAAGAGAGGAGAGGAACUGUCAUCCCUCCAUCCUUCUGUUCAGAUAGAGGUCCACAGAGACGAGGAACAACGAAAGAGAGGCGCAGACUGGAAAACGACUAAACAAUUAACCUUAUAUCCCAUUGGAGGGGCGACGCUACUAACAAGGAGUAAUUAUACAAGAACAACAACAGCAACAUACAAAACAACAACAACAUACAAAACCACAAUAACAUACAAAAUAACAACAACAACAUACAACACAACAACAACUAGACAAACGUCAAAUAAAACCUGUACUCUCAGGAAAGACCUGCAAAGGAUGUGUUGGGAGUCAGAGACAGACUAUUACAUGUGUAAUCCUGCAUAUUCUUCUUACCUCAGUGUUUUAUAAAACCUGUGUGUUGUGGUCAGCUAUUUCAAAAACAAAACCAGUGAUGUAUAAAAGGACAACAAAAAGCCUGGAUAUCUGCUGCACCUUAAAUGGGUUUUCUAUCUUAUCUUUCUAUCUGUGGGUUUAGUGUACGAGGGGGGAACAAUUCCACGUGUCUGUGGGUUUAGUGUACGAGGGGGGAACACUUCCACGUGUCUGUGGGUUUAGUGUACGAGGGGGGGACACUUCCACGUGUCUGUGGGUUUAGUGUACGAGGGGGGAACACUUCCAUGUGUCUGUGGGUUUAGUGUACGAGGGGGGAACACUUCCAUGUGUCUGUGGGUUUAGUGUACGAGGGGGGAACACUUCCAUAUGUCUGUGGGUUUAGUGUACGAGGGGGGACACUUCCAUGUGUCUGUGGGUUUCGUGUACGAGGGGGGGACACUUCCAUGUGUCUGUGGGUUUAGUGUACGAGGGGGGAACACUUCCAUGUGUCUGUGGGUUUCGUGUACGAGGGGGGAACACUUCCAUGUGUCUGUGGGUUUAGUGUACGAGGGGGGAACACUUCCAUGUGUCUGUGGGUUUAGUGUACGAGGGGGGAACACUUCCACCUGUCCGUGGAUUUAGUAUACAAGGGGGGAACACUUCCACAUGUCUGUGGGUUUAGUGUACGAGGGGGGAACACUUCCACGUGUCUGUGGGUUUAGUGUACAAGGGGGGAACACUUCCAUGUGUCUGUGGGUUUAGUGUACAAGGGGGGAACACUUCCAUGUGUCUGUGGGUUUAGUGUACGAGGGGGGAACACUUCCAUGUGUCUGUGGGUUUAGUGUACAAGGGGGGAACACUUCCACGUGUCUGUGGGUUUAGUGUACGAGGGGGGAACACUUCCACCUGUCCGUGGAUUUAGUAUACAAGGGGGGAACACUUCCACGUGUCUGUGGGUUUAGUGUACAAGGGGGGAACACUUCCAUGUGUCUGUGGGUUUAGUGUACGAGGGGGGAACACUUCCACGUGUCUGUCGCUCUGCAUUCGUGGUGUCUGUUGCUGCCACAGCUAGUCCUGGUCCACAGCACGGUUUUAGAUCUAUAGAACUAGAAGGACGGUUUGAGCUGCAUGUCUGUGAUUGGACACCAGACUCUUCUACCCACAGUGCCAAGAGAAACCACGCUGUUCCGGGGCAGAUGGGAAAUUAACUUUGACCUCUAAUGAGAAGGAGGAAUGGUACCCGUCUACAUCCAGCAUACAUGAUGAUCCAUGAGCUGCAGGUUGAGGUUGCCUGUAGGCACAGAUCUAGGAUCAGUACCUUCCUGAAAUCAUAAUCUAAACCAUUUGGGUGGAAAAACAAAACUGACCUAAGAUCAUUGUCUGGGGGCAACCUCACCCUACUCCAAGUGUGGAUCAAUAUUAUUACCAGUCAAUGUUCAGUCAUCCAUGCUUUGCUUGUUAUGUUCUGACAUCUUACUACAUAGAGUAAUGACAGUAAAGGUUAAACACAGUUUAGGCAAUUCCAUUUCAAUCCCAGCCAGUCAUUUCGGGAGAUGCACUGAAAUUACGUGUAUGAAUUGAAAAUUGGCUAUAUUUUUAUUGGAAGACCAUUUCAAUGAAUGAACAGAAUUUUAGUUAAUUUCCUUAAUUGACUGGAGUGUUUUUUGGGGGGAAGAUUUUCCACAUUCUGCAGAAAAUAUUGUAAUGAUCCUAUUCAUUGUGGUUCAGUGUGUUUGCCUUAUGUUUCACCAUGUUGGUUUUCAGCUGCUUACCUUACAUCUAAAUGAUCUGAGCUAAGCAGUGAGCGUCAUAAUGUAGCUUACACCUUGAAAUCUGCCACUCUGCAUUGAAAUGGUCCUGAUGGCUCAGUGUGUUGGAGUAUGGUUCUGACAACACAAAGGUUGUGGGUUCAAAUCCUGCUUGGGCUACAUAUACAGUAAUGUGUAUGUGUGUUAACGUUGAGUUGGAUGAACUUUGUUUGCUUGAUAAACACAAGUCCUCAUGGGUUGAGAGUAGAACUAAAACUCUCUUCUCUUUCCCACAGUAAGACAGGACUCUUCACAUCUUCUCUCCGCUCUGUCUCUGCUUGUAGUCCUACUGUACAGAAAAACUCCAGCAUCCCCCACAAUCCCUUUAGAUAUCAUCCUUGAUAUCUUAUUGAUUUGACAUUCUAUAAUCUGCAGUAGGCCUAACUGACGUCGAGUUAAGCAGUAUUGCCCGAAGGGGGUGUGGUAAAUGGCCAACAUACCAUGGCUAAGGGCUGUUCUUAUGCAAGACGCAAUGUGGAGUGCCUGGAUACAGCCCGUAGCUGUGGUAUAUUGACCAUGUACCACAAACCCCUGAGGUGCCUUGUUGCUAUUAUAAACUGAUUACCAACUUAAUUAGAGCAGUAAAAAUACAUGUUUUGUCAUACCCGUGGUAUACGGUCUGAUAUACCACGGCUGUCAACCAAUCAGCAUUCAGGCUCGACUACCCAGUUUAUAAAAGUUCUUUAUAACACAGUUUAUAGGCCUGACUGACGUAUAGAGGUGAAACAAGUGGGUCAUAAUUAUUAUCAUCAAAAAAGAGCCUUAUUGUUGACCUUUUGAUAUGAUUUUUGAAAUAUGUAUCGUUCUAUUUUGUUACUGUUAUAGCUCUUUGUUUUUACUACUUUUUGAUUUGUUUAAUUGCUGUUUAUUAGGGGAAAAGGAAUCAAUAUAACCAAUGAAAUGUUGUUUACUUGGCAAGCCAAUUUUUCUGUAUGAUAUCGUCAUAGUUUUUUUAAUGGUCAUUUUUAAGUGCUUUCUUAUUUGCUUUAGUAUAUCGUAUACAGAACCUGCGUAGAAUGCUAUUUGAUACUGCUGUCCUCAUAGACAGAUACUUAGAUUCAGACCUAGUUUCAGUUUACAGCCCCUAUCAUAGCACCAGUGGUACGAUCCAAUUGCCAAAAGGGGUUUAGGGUGUCAGGGCAUAGAGAGUUUAAAUGUCGAGCAAAGUACAGUAGUCGGUGAAAGUCUGUUGCACUGUAUUCAGUGAACCGUGGCGUUUCAGCUCGCUACUACAGAUAGAUGGAGAGUAUAAUGGCAUUUUGACACAAAAGGAAAGGCCACACAAAAAGACAGAUGGACAGACCCUCAUUACUUUAAUUAACAGCGGAAUUAUCUUGAUAUGAAAUUUAAGUGUGGUCCAAACGUCUAGUGGAAAAACAAGUCUAAAUCUGGUGUGACUUAAAAUGAACCUUAAAAUGAUGACUACAUAAUAUAUACACUGAACAAAAAUAUAAACGCAACAUAUAAAGUGUUGGUCCCAUGUUUCAUGAGCUGAAAUAAGAUCCCAAGAAUGUUCCAUACUCAAAAAAAGCUUCAUCCUCUAAAAUGUUGUUAACAUCCCUGUUAGUGAGCAUUUCUCCUUUGUCUAGAUAAUCCAUCCACCUGUCAGGUGUGGCAUAUCAGAAGCUGAUUAAACAGCGGGAUCAUUACACAGGUGCACCUUGUGCUGGAGAGAAUAAAAAGCCACUCUUAAGUGUGGAGUUUUGCCACACAACACAAUGCCACAGAUGUCUCAAGUUUUAAGGGUGUGUGGAAUUGGCAUGCUGACUGCAGGAAUGUCCACCGGGGCUGUUACCAGAGAAUGUAAUGUUAAUUUCUCUCCCAUAUGCUGCCUCCAAUGUUGUUUUAGAGAAUUUGGCAUUGUGUGGGUGAGCGGUUUGUUGUGAACAUGGUGGCCGUGGGGUUAUGGUAUGGGCAGGCAGGCAGUAAAAUCUUUGAAAUUGAUAAAUGUUGCAUGUAUAUUUUUGUUCAGUAUAAAUAUACUUGACAUAAAAGACGCACAGAGUAAACAUGUGUCAUCAAACGAGGACCAGUUCCUAUGACAUCACAUGAUGAUCAUCAUCACCUUUAACCUGGUACCUGUUAUUUCCUUUAAACCCUGGAUGUAGAUAAUAUUGAAUGUUGACUUUGUAUUAAAAGCAGGAUGAUUGAAUAUACCA